AACAUGGAUCAUCAGGUUUUGCUCCUGCUUGUCAAAAGAGGGGAUCUUCAGCUCAACUGCUUAGCAUUCAGCGAUGAACAUUGAUGACAAGCUGGAGGGGAUGCUUAUGAAAUGUAGCCCUGUAGGGCUUCACCACUCAUCCAGAGGUCUGGGACCCUCGAGGGUGGACGGAAGAGGAAGAAGAGGCAGUUUGGAUAUGACACUUGGGGAACGGAGCUUGGCUAAUCAUCCCCUUUUGGCAGAGGAUGAUGACGAUGAUGAAGAUGAUGAAGAAGACCUGGCAGGUGGAGGCCUGACCUCGCAUGAUCUGAUAUCCCAGGAUGACCUGAUGGUUCACGAGGAGACGGUGAAAAAUGAUGGACAGGAUGAAGCAGCUUUCUCACAGCGAAUCUCCCAUAAACUACACUAUACACUCAAUAUGCCAGUAAAUGUAAAGCAGGAGAUGAAAGUGCCAGACUCAUUGAUUCUCAAUAAAAAGGAGAAGAAACCGGGGUGGGACCCAUCUGACUGUCACAAAAAGAAGAAGAGAAAGCAGCGCUCGCCUGCAAAGAUUCUCACUAUUAAUGAAGACGGCUCCCUUGGGCACCAGAACCCAAAAUCUCAUGUCUGUGAGCACUGCAAUGCUGCUUUUCGAACAAACUACCAUUUACAAAGACAUGUCUUCAUUCACACAGGCGAAAAGCCUUUUCAGUGCAAUCAGUGUGACAUGCGCUUUAUUCAGAAGUACCUGCUUCAGAGACAUGAGAAGAUCCACACAGGAGAAAAACCUUUUCGCUGUGAUGAGUGUGGAAUGAAAUUUAUUCAGAAAUACCACAUGGAGAGACAUAAGAGGACACACAGCGGUGAAAAGCCUUACCAGUGUGACUAUUGCCAUCAAUUUUUUUCCAGAACUGACAGAGUACUAAAGCACAGACGAAUGUGCCAUGAGAAUAAGGACAGGAAGGUGCAGAAAGCAGCUGCCAAAGAUGGUCCUCUUCGCACCUCAGAGUGCUUGGGCUUCUCUUUUCCUGCCAAGGAAUGCACACUUCCCAAAAAGAAACGUCAGAAGACCUCUGAUAAAUGUCGAGUUGCGCUUACAAGUCCAACUGUUGACAAAGUGGUUGAAGCUGGUAACGAGGAGAAGACGGAAGACCAACUGGCCAAAAGCGAGUGUCUUCCUCUUUACAAUGUAGACACCAAGGUCAAGGACGAGUAUGUUGUGACAGAUUAUUCCGUUGAGCUCCCUGAUUCCCCGCCUGGCAACAGGCAUCUCGCAGGGGAGGAGUCUAAUGAUGGGAUCAUCAGUCCUCCAAAACUAGUGCUGAAGAAAAUUGCCAGCAGAAGAGGUUUGAAACAGCAAGCCCUAGAACAGCCCCAGAGCCUUUCACCCUUGUCCUCAUUUGAAGAGAGCAAAGUAACGAGAUACACGUUUGAAAUUGUGGACAACAAAGGUCUCUUGGAUGUCGAGACCAAUCCUGACAUGGAUCCGGUUGACUCCCUACAAGGAGGACAAACAAAACCAACUGGGAGCAGCACAAAUUACGACGACGCCAUGCAGUUUCUCAAGAAGAAGCGAUACCUUCAGGCGGCCACGGCGAACACUAGUCGAGACUAUGCGCUUAAUGUGAGCAGCAUCGUGUCGCAGCCUUCUGUCACUCAGGCAGCUGUAGCGAGCGUCAUCGAUGAGACUGUUCCUGCCACGAUCCUCUCUGAGACUCAGACGCUGAACGUGGAGAUCAAGUCCAGUAACGAGAAGAACGUCCUUCCAGAUGAGGUCCUGCAGACGCUUCUCGAUCACUACUCUAAUAAGGCCAACGGGCAAGCAGAGAUUUCCUUCAGUGUGGCGGACACUGAGGUCACAUCCAGCAUCUCUAUCAACUCUUCCGAUGAGAGCAGCCCCACCGAGACUUUGGGAACCAGCUCACAAGCACCCCCGGCCGAGAAGGCCAGCCUUCUACAGGAGUACUCCAAGUUUCUCCAGCAAGCACUGGAAAGGACCAGUCAGAACGACACCUACCUGAACAACCAGAGUCUUACGUUUGUAAAUGACAGUGCCAGUCUUGCUGGCCAGCCUUUGUUUUCCAUGGAGAAGCAGUUCACCUCCCCAUCCCGGUUCAGACCGAGCAUGAACUCGCCAUUGAGAUCCACUUUGGAGAAGCCUAAUUUUAGUCUUUUAGUAGAUUCCCAACACUCCUUCUCCUUUUCAGGUGACGAGACAAACCCUUCCUCAGUUUCGCCAACAGAGGACUUCCUCGACCAAGUGACCUCUCCCAAAAAAACAGAUUCGCAAAGCAUUAGUCAAACAUUUCAGAUUGCUACUUUUGACCAGAACUUUCGAUCUCAAUUCCCAAGCUCACGAUCUGGAAUAUCCUCACAGUUUAGCAUUGCCAGUGGACAAGUUAGCCUGAGAGGUCAUGGAGGAACGGACUUCCCAGAGUUCUCUCUUGUUAGUGAAACAAGAACUCAACUAACUUCAUCUCCAGAUGCUACAAGCAGCCAAACCUUUGGCUAAACAGGAGCUUUUAAUGAUUUAAAGCAUUUUAAAGGCACUUUAUAGUUCUGUCAGUGAAGGCAAUGCAAAUCUCUGUGCAAAUACUUAUGAUUUUCCAUCUUUAAACAAUCACGCAUGUGCGAGAUUCAAAAGGAUCAGAGUGAUGCAUGCAUUCGAUUUUAUUAUCGGACUAUGGGAUACUCUUUAUGUGUCAUUGCAUUAUUUGUGUAUUACACGUAGUGCUUGGGACAAACACACUAUGGCUUGCCAAAUAAGCUAGCCUGUGUGUUCUAAAAUUAAGAAUUCAAGCUACUACAACAAUGCUGUUGUAGUCUAAAUUUAUAUGGUCAGCUUCCCCGAGAAAAAAACUAUUCAAAGAUCAAUUCUUAUUUGGCCUCUUGUUAGCAUUCAGUUCUUUUGCUGGAACAUCAGGCUCAACGGACUGACCUAAUAAUGUAGGUCUAUAGAAACUACUCUAGCUUAGCAUUACAAUCAGUUUUUGUAUUUAAUUAGUUUUGUAACAUGUUGUCUGGAGAGCUACUGAAAGGACCUUACUUUAAUGCCCUAGACUUGAGUAAGGCACUUUGUGAUUUGAUGUACUGCAAGUCACUUUUGUUUAAAAAAAAUGAGUAACAUUUUUCUCACCCCUGUCAUUGUAAGCUAAUUUGUGUGUUUAGUCUUUUUGUGCAUUUAAUUACUUGUUGGAAUG